AUGGAAGUUGAAACAACAUUCUCUCAUGUUGUUCCACCAGUUUUUGAUGGUGAUAACUAUCAAGCUUGGGCUAUUAAAAUGAUAGUUCAUCUUGAGGCAUUAGAUCUGUGGGAGGCUGUAGAAGAGGAUUAUGAUGUUCCACCAUUGCCAGCAAAUCCAACAAUGACACAAAUGAAGGCUCACAAAGAGAGGAAGACAAAGAAGUCGAAAGCUAAAGCAUGUCUAUUCUUUGCUGUUUCAAGCACCAUAUUUACAAGAAUUAUGAAUCUACAGUUAGCAAAGGCUAUUUGGGAUUAUCUCAAGAAUGAUUACCAAGGCAACGAAAGAAUAAAAAACAUGCAGGUGCUUAACUUGAUCAGGGAGUUUGAAAUGCUAAAAAUGAAGGAGACAGAAACCAUAAAAGACUAUUUUGACAAGUUGCUGGGUAAGGAUUUUUCUGAUGAGCGAAUUGUACAAAAAAUUCUUAUGACUUUGCCUGAAAAGUAUGAGUCUAAAAUUUCUUCACUAGAAGAAUCUAAGGAUUUGUCAAGUAUAUCUUUGGCAGAAUUAGUAAAUGCUUUACAGGCCCAAAAGCGAAGGAGAAUGAUGAGAAAAGAAGAAUCUGUAGAGGAUGCUUUUCAAGCAAAGGCAUAA